ACUCCAGGCGAUCCCAAUCACCCAAGUAGGCUUCAGAUGGUUUGCUUCUGAGCAAUGUAAUGUCACAUAUGGCAGGGAACUUGUCCCAACGUUUUCCGCGCCACGUGAACUACGUGUUCAAAGAAAUCCCGGGUGAUUGCAGCGCUAUUAAUGAACUGCCAGCUUCGGAGAAGUGCCAGUUCAUCAAGUCAACUGAGUCCUGUCACAGCAAUGUAUACUACUUCGAUUAUGCUUAUUUUCUAUUCUGCACCAUCGGUGAAGAGAAUUCCAGGAUGUUCCACAUGGGAGUGGCGUUGGUGAUAUUCAUAUUGAUAGUUUGCUUUACGAUGUUGGGUACGACGGCCGACCGGUUCUUCUGUCCAGUGCUUGCCGUCAUAGCCAAGACCAUAGGAAUAAGUGAAAGCGUUGCCGGCGUCACGAUCCUGGCUUUCGGGAACGGAUCUCCGGACCUUUUUACGGCAGUCUCCAAUACCAGUGAGGACACGGAAUUAAUGUUCGGAGAGCUUUUAGGGGCGGGUUUGUUCGUGGUGGGCAUUGUGGCCGGAACCAUCCUAAUGAUUAAACCUUUCCCCGUCAACCCAGCGGCCAUUGUAAGGGAUACCGUUUUCUUUAUUUUUGCUGUCUGCUGGAUUACGGUUUGCGCGUAUGAUGGACGAUUCACCUUGUCGGAUGCUAUCGUGGUUGUGGCGGUUUACGUGCUCUAUCUGGUCGUCGUGAUGAUCGAUUUCUUUGUGUUGAAGCAUGAGCUGCAUGAAGUGGAAUCAAAUAUCUCUUUAACGGGUGAAUUGCCUGAGAAUGAUUCUUACUAUCGAAAACUUCGAACGGAAACGGAAAUGAUAAUUCGUGAACCAAUCCAUGGUAUGGAGAUGGAUAUAGCAAAGACCCGGAUAAGCAUAUUUAUGGAUGUACAUCAACGGCAGCCGCCGCGUAAUCACCACAUUUUUCUGGAUUUUUUUGAACAUAUUAAUCCGAUACACGGUGACGACUGGAACGAAAGUGGCUGGUUCGGUAAAAUUUUAGCGAUACUGAAGGCUCCUUUGGAGUUCGUAUUACUAUUGUUCAUACCCGUAGUAGACUAUAGUGCUCAACGCUACGGUUGGACUAAGCUGCUGAACGUUUUGCACUGUCUGACUUUUCCGUUGAUGACAUUGUUUGUAACUGGAUUUUUGUUUUCAACAUUAUUGAACUUUCCCGUCUGGGGUUGGUGGCUCAUCUGCUCCUGUACGCUGAUGGUUGUACUAUUCAUUACCUCCAGAACGGAUCGACCCCCAUCAUAUCACCUGGUGUAUGCACUGAUAGCCUUCGCCGGGUCGAUCCAGGUGAUCUACGCCGUGGCCCAUGAGGUGGUUAGCUUGCUGAUAACGUUGGGUCUGGUGCUGAAACUCUCGAAAUCAAUGCUCGGGCUAUCAGUGCUAGCCUGGGGCAACAGUAUUGGCGAUCUAUUUUCCAAUAUAACAUUGGCGAAAAGGGGCUACGGAAAGAUGGCAUUUGCCGCUUGCUUUGGCGGACCGUUAUUUAAUCUUUGUUUGGGCCUUGGAAUAACAAUGAUCGUAAAGGCAUUAAAAAAGAAAGACAACGUGGCAUUUUCUCGCGAAGGAGCAAUGGGUGAAAAUUGCGAGUGGUUUCUCGUUCAACUGCUGGCCACCGUUCUGUUCGUACUGCUGUUGACCGGAUUCAAGGGCCGCAAAAGUCUCGGAGUGAUCAUGAUUGUCAUUUACUUGGUGUUUCUACUGUUUUGCGUUCUGGGGGAGCUCGAAGUAAUCCACCCGUUUGGAACGGAUCACCACAAUGAAGGCGAGUUCGUGUGGUGAAAAUCCGCUGCGCAUGUGCGUGCUUAUCAUUUACGGCGCGCGUUUUGUUACUU